CAUGUACACAAAGCCCGUGACUGUCAAGUCAUAGUGUGCCUGAUAUCUCACGUGGUUGAAGAUAGACUAGUGCGAGAAAUUUGACGAAGGGAGAACUUAAUAUAACAACAGAAGCGGCACUGGAAAGUAUGCACUCCGUGUUGCCAUCAGCGCUUGCGGGUGCCGGAAAGUACAGUUCUUUCGAAGACGAAAUCCCGGGACAUUGGGAGUAUGUGGUGGUUUCCCCGACGGCAGUGAAAGAGAAGACAAAGCAUUCUUUCCGGCCACGGGCAAAAACUGUGCUGGCGGAAGGAACAUUGCUCGUCGCGGGAUGCCGCAAAGAAGCAAAAGACGGCAGCACGUACUGCAGAAAUUAUGGGUUUUAGUUGACUAAAGUUUAUGUUCGGGGCAUUCACUCGGGUUUCCUAGUGAUCUCUGAUGCUGAUUCUACUCUGCGUAAGUAUGCAAUGCUGGAUGUAUCAUGCAAUGGAUAACAAGAAUGAACAGGUGGGUUCGCGUCGGCGGGGAGAAAUGGGUGGCCGAGAAGGACCUGAAAGAGGUACGGAUCGAAAGGGGUUCGUGGCAGUACCGCGUAGUUUUCCCGCAGGGUGUGUGUCGGCGCGUCCGCCCGACCAUGGAGAAGGCUCUGGCGCCGCCGGGCGGUGCAGCGAGCAUUUUGCGGGAGGGUGCACUGUUCACGGUCAGUGAGCGGCUGCCGCUUGACGACGUCGUCUACCUGAAAAUCGAUGACCCGAGCACGCCAGGAUGGGUUUUCGACCACCGAGCGGGCGAUCCGGGGAACCGUGUCUGCGAACUCGUAUCCGGUAGUCGCGCCGACAUUACCGGAACUUCGCCGAGGGGGCUGCUUAAUGAUCAAAGUUCCAAGAACGACACGAGUCUGUACAUGGACAUUCCGCUGUACUGA